AUGUCGUCCCAAUUUGUCCAGAAACACCCGCUCGCCCAGAAGCGCAUCAUCGUCACGGGAGCUGGCAUCGCCGGCCUGGCUUUCGCCCGCGCUCUACACCUGAACUGGCCUCGAGAGCACCCCAGGCCAGAUGUCGUCUUGUACGAGCGGUCGGCUGAGGUCCUCGACCGCGCCCACGAGGGUUAUACCAUGGGCAUUCAGAGAGGCUCGGGGCUGCUAGCGUUGCGAGAGAUUGGACUGCUCGAUGCCGCGCUGGAGUCGCGCACUACUGGAUCAGAUGGAUCCCAGGAGCCUGUGACCAUCUGGACAAAAGACUGGACGGAGCUGUACAAGAUGCCUCCAGCAGCUCCCACCAAGGGCGACAUGCCUCCCAGGGGUGUCCGCCUCGUGCGGCAUGCGCUGCGCCAGAUCUUGUUGGACGGCCUCCCAGAGGAGACUGUUGUCCACUGGGAGAAUGCCUGCGAAUGGGUCAAGACUAGAGAGGACGGCAAGGUCGAGAUCGGGCUGAGCGACGGCUCGACGGACGAGUGCGAUCUCCUCAUCGCGGCGGACGGUGCGAACAGCAAAGUGCGAGAAUGCCUGCUCCCCGACGAGACGCUGCAGUUCGCCGGUGCCAGGCUCUACUCAGGCACCUCUAAAUUUCCUCUGGGCAAACCCGACGCCUUGAAGACGUCUUGGGGGUUCAACGUCAGCGGCGAGGGCUACGGGUUCCUGACCUUCCCCAUCGACAGCACGACCGGCGCGUGGGCCCUGACGCACCGCAGCGCCGAGCCGAAGGGGCGGAUCCGCGGGGACGAGGCCGCCCGGCGCUACGACGAGAUCAUGGGCGACGUCCGGCGGCUGGGCGGCAUGUUCGACGAGCCCUUCGCCCAAGUCGUCGAGGCGACGGACCCCGUCACGCUGUCCGUCUUCGAUGCCAUGCACAGGCCGCCCGUCCGGCACGCGCGCCAGCUCGCCGGCGGCGCCAACGCCAUCCUCAUCGGCGACGCGAACCACGCCAUGAGCCCCUUCUCCGGCAGCGGGGCCAACAUGGCGCUCAUGGACGCCGUGGCGCUGGCGGGGCAGCUGGCGCGCUGCGCGGACCUCCGGGCCGCGAUCGACGCCUUCGACGCCGAGAGCGCGCCCCGGUCGCAGAAGGCGAUCGAUUUCUCGUGGUGGGUGAUCCGCGGUAUACAUGCCCGGGGGGUCGUUUUCUGGCUCGUCCGCGCCGUCUGCGCUGUGAUGAGUGUGUUCGCCGGGCGAACGGAUGCGAGGCAGACGAAGGAGUGA